CGACGGCAGAUACCGAUUGGCCAAAGGCCGAGUUCAAUGAUCCGCAUCCGCAGAAGCCCCAUUACUUUCGUCUGGUUGAGGAUCAUGUUUUGAAUUUUCUAUCCGUUGGUCGCCCUCUUGUCGACCUUUAUUUCCAUUUAUCAUCUCCAGGCUUUCCACGAGAGAAGUAAGAGCCAGAGGUCCCAGAGGUCCCAGAGUUCUUUUACAGUAAUAUCACGGAGAAGCAUCGUUUCAGGUGAAAAACCCCUCUUUUUAAUUCUUUCAUCAUCUUACUCGGCGGCCCUCUCCGCCGCUUUUGGAUUUUGGAUCCAACGAGAAGCCCUCGAAAUCCCCCUAUAGCUUCCAGGGGUUCUCCGAUUUCGAACGCCUAUAUCAAUGGAUCUUCCAAAUCACAGCUUUCUCUACUGGAAAUACAGUGUUAUAAGGGGAAUGUUGUCCCCAGCACACCAAGAUCCCUGGCCCUGCAGACGUGCCUAAAUCAACCAUAGAGAGAGAAGGAGGGACAGGGGACAAGGGAAUAUGGAUUGUUUAACUAAUCUUGCCAAAGACAAGUGGGGAAAAGCCAGAAGUGCUUUGUAUUUCUUAAGAUCAAUAAACAAAGUGUGAGAAGAUUUAUGAUGUCUGAAGCUUCAGUUCCUCGUGCUGAACAGAAAGAAGUCGGACCUAAUCACUUUGGUUACUGUAUGCAUGAAAUAGUUGAGUUGUUCUCUGGAAAUGAGGAAUUCCUUUCGCCAGUCUCCUCUCAAACUCAUGAAUUAUUUGCAACAUGUACAAGGGACAAAGUUGAGGACAUACACGAUGAAUGUGGUAGAGCAUGCAAAAAUGCAGCUGCUUCCAGUUCUUUAUUUUGUGAUGGCAUAGGAGUUGGACUACCAAACUUCCAGAGAGAAAGAUUAAAGGCAUCUCUCAAGGAGUGUGUGCUGGCCCUGAAUCAAGAAGUUGAUGAGAUGUUUGGUCCAGUUAUGGCUAUGUCCAAAAUAAAAUCACAUCUAAGGGGAAAAGAUGGUUUACCAAAAAGUCCAAGUGCAUCCGGUGGGGACUUGAGCCAGCUGUCAUUUAAGAAGCAGAAGCAAUCCUCUUCCCCUACAUUGAUGGGUGCCAAAAUGCCCGUGGAAGCUGGAGGCUAUGAAGGGGUGGAUGAUGAUCUACGAGUUCUUCUAGAAAAUGGUGGUUUGCAGGUUGAGGAGACGGUGAAGAAAUAUUCUGAUGAAUUACUUGCAAAGGUGGAUGAUAAUUUGCGAGUUCUUCUAGAAAAUGGUGGUUUGCAGGUUGAGGAGACAAUGAAGAAAUAUUCUGAUGAAUUAUUUGCAAAGCUAGGGCACAUGGAGCAGCAGCUUGAAGAACUUCUUGAUAUUGUGAUGUCAAAGAGCAGGUCAAUGACCAUUACUGAGAAGCAAGAGCUUCACAAGCUUAUUCAGGAGCUUCCACCAAAAGAAUUGGACCGUGUUGUAGAAAUUGUCCAUCGCAAGAGGCCACCAGAGUGUCAUCCUUGCAAUGAGGUCAAUAUUGAUUUGGAGAAGGAGGAUAAUCAGACACUUUGGAGGAUGUAUUACUAUGUCGAGGCAGUUGCAAGUGCCACAAAGCUUGCAUCUAGUUGGUUAUGUCAAACUAAAGAAAGCCUUGUCUAGUGGAAGGGUCACUGGUGGAUCAAGUCCUUGGACUUUGUACUAGGUGAACAAAAGCUCAAUGUACAUCUUGUUCUGUAUUAAAUGUUGUUUUAUCUUAAAUGUUGUAAGUUUCCAAAUAUCUGAACAAUCAGUAGAAUGAGCAUACUUUGUACAAAAUGAUUGUUGUGAGACAGGAAAUGUAAAGGUUAGGCAAAAAUUAGGCAAAAAUUCAUUUAAA